AAUUAUAAUUAACUAACAUUUAUUAAUUUUCUGUGCAUUUUUUUUUUGCUUACUACCUUAACUUGAGUAGUCGUCAUUAUCUCUGCUUACGUCGUUACUGUGUGUUUUGAUUUUUUUUUGUCGUUGUCCGGGUCUCUUCACCCUUUUUCGGGGCAAAGUAGCAGCAUUGUAUUAAAAUUUGUAUUUGAAUUAACACUCGUCAUUCAAUCUUACUACCGACAUCACUAGAUUGUCUCUUCCAUAUGGUUGGUGGACUCUGUUGCUUGUUGCAUGCCGAAAAUCUCGGUCAAAUUAGUAGCAGACGGAGCAGCAGCACUAAGAAAAACGGCGCCGUCGACAACGCUAUAUUUAAAUCAAAAACUGAAAAUUAAGAAGUCUCUGCCAAGAGCAAAAAUUGCCUAACGGACAGACAAAAACAAAGAAACAAUACAAAAACAACAUAGCCUCUCUGCGUGUAAAUAUAAUAAAUUAAUUUCUUUCCACACAAGUUGCUCAGAAUAACAGCCUCAAGCUGGCGGAGAAAAAGGUGCAGGCUUUAUGCCAAUCUUCAGUGCUAAAAGUCUAUCAUGCAGUUAUCGAAGAUGUCAUAUCCAGUGUUCGUGAUGCUUUCCUUGACGAUGGUGUUGACGAACAAGUUCUGCAGGAAAUGAAACAGAUAUGGCGGUCCAAAUUAUUGGCUAGUAAAGCAGUAGAAGUAAAUCCAGAUCCACCGACGGAACAACCUCCACAAAUUGUUGCAAAUAAUCCUAAGCCAACAAAGGCUCAAGUAGCUAAGGCCAAAAAAGCAGCGGCGGCAGCAGCGGCUGCUUCACAGCUAAAUAGCAACACCAAUGGGGCAGCCUCAAACACCACUAACUCAUCGAUAGAUGUUAAGCCAAACCUUGCUCAAUUACAACAGGCGGUGAAUGGACCCACAUCAGCGGCUGCUGGAUCAUCGGCAAACACCAUUAUUAAUGGCACAAUAAAACAAGAACCCCAACAUCAAACAUCUUCACAACAACCGCAACCUCAAAGUCAUCCGCCACCAUUACACCCUACCUCUUCGAGUUCAGCUCUACUGCUGCAACAGCAGAAACAACAGCAGCAAGCCAUUGGUGCUGCUGGUGGUGGAGGUGGCAAUAAUCAGCAGUCACAUCCAUCCGGCAACAGUUCUGGUGGCAGUAAUCAACCACAAUCAUCGACUAUACCUAUUGUGGCAGCUUUAGAUCCGAAUCGUAUUAUGCCUGUAAAUAUUACUUUGCCCGCUCAACCUGGUACUAUGAACUCUGAAUCUCGUGUUCUGACCAUACAUGUGCCAGCUUCAGCACUACAAGAAAAUCAACUGACACAAAUAUUGACUGCCCAUCUUAUAUCGUCUAUAAUGUCUUUACCUACAACACUGGCAUCAUCAGUGCUACAGCAACAUGUGAAUGCGGCUCUGGUCAACGCAAACAUGCAAAAAAAUUUUAAUACAUCUAAACAAUUGGAUGGCGCUUUGGAUACCUCGGACGAAGAUGAGAGUGAAGAGAGUGACGGUAAUAUGGAUGACGAUGACAACGAUGAUGUGGACAAGGAUGACGAGUCCGAUAUAGACAAUGAGGGUGGUGCUGAGGAAGAGCCAUUGAAUAGCGAAGACGAUGUUACCGAUGAGGAUGCCACCGAUCUGUUUGAUACUGAUAAUGUCAUAGUGUGUCAAUAUGACAAGAUAACACGCUCUCGCAACAAAUGGAAAUUCUAUCUUAAAGAUGGCAUCAUGAAUAUAGGCGGAAAAGAUUAUGUCUUUCAAAAAUCCAAUGGUGAUGCCGAAUGGUAGUUUCAAAUGCAAAGAGGUAUGACACAAAAUACUUACCAAGUUUCACCUGUGCUUAUAUAGUAAUACAAAAACAAAUAUCGUUAGUAAGUUAAUUAUCUUAGAAUUGUUGCUAUUCUGUACAAGAAGAUGAUGUAAAUUUUUUCUUUCUUAAAAUGCAUAUACAAACA